ACUGCAGACACAGUACAGGGGAUGACCAGAGACUGCGGACAUAGUACAGGAGAUGACCACAGACUGCGGACACAGUACAGGAGAGGACCAGAGACUGCAGACACAGUACAGGAGAGGACCAGAGACUGCAGACACAGUACAGGAGAGGACCAGAGACUGCAGACAUAGUACAGGAGAGGACCAGAGACUGCAGACAUAGUACAGGAGAGGACCAGAGACUGUACAGACAUAGUACAGGAGAUGACCAGAGACUGCGGACACAGUACAGGAGAUGACCAGAGACUGCGGACACAGUACAG